AUGUCGUCCGCCCCUUCAACCCGGAGGCCUUUAGUGGUGGCCCUAGGCGAUCCCAAAUAUGCCGGACAAGAGUUUCUGGCCGAAUUCAAGAGAGACUUUGAUUUCAAGAUCCUCCACGCGACCAACCGACAGGAAACUCUAGAGCGACUGCCCAAGUUCGUGGCAGAAAAUGGGCCGAUCGAUGCAUUCAUCAUCCGCAUGGGCACACCAGCGUAUGAGCCCUUUGACGAGGCAUUGUUGGGACCCCUUGUGCCCCACUGCCGAAUCAUCACGUCUGCGUCUGCGGGCUUCAACGAGUUCGACGUGGAUUGGAUGACACGCAACAACAUCUGGUUCUGCAAUACUAGGGAUGCAGUCGCCGAAGCCACGGCGGACAUGGCGAUUUUCCUCAUGCUUGCUGUGCUGAGAGACACCACGCGAGGAGAGAGAGGUGCAAGGAAUGGAGACUGGAAGAAAGGACUGGUGCCUAGUCGCGAUCCCACGGGGCUGACAUUGGGUAUUGUGGGAAUGGGAGCAAUUGGAAAGCAUUCCGCCAGGAAAGCCGCCGUGUUCAACAUGAAAGUUAAAUAUCACAACCGUCGCCAGCUCUCUCAGGAAGUGGAACAGCAAUAUCAAGCACAGUACUGCCCGACGAUGCAUUCACUGCUCGCCGAAUCCGACGUUAUAUCAAUUUCAUGUCCUCUCGAUGCCUCGACCACAAAACUCAUUUCGCAUGCCGAGUUUGCCGCCAUGAAGGAUGGUUCGUUCCUCGUCAACACCGCCCGCGGUGCCGUCAUUGAUGAAGAAGCACUCAUUGCCGCCUUGGAGUCCGGCAAGAUUGCCCGCGCCGGUCUCGACGUCUUCUGCAACGAGCCAAAUAUCAACCCGUAUUUCCGGUCAAGUGACAAGGUCGUUGCGCAGCCGCAUAUGGGCGGCCUGACGGAUGUGGCGUUUAUGAAGUCGGAGCGGGAGUGCUUUGAAAAUAUCAGGAGUUUGCUCAAGACCGGUAGGCCGGUCGCGCCGGUUAAUGAGGUUGUGCCCUGA